CAAAACAGUAACCUAAAAUUAGUCUUAAUUUUAAAUACCCUUAAUUCGAAAUAAACUCGUCCAAAAUUGAAAAUUCUCUGACUGGUUCUGGUUCCAUUUAAUAUCCAGACUGCAAUUUGAAGAGCCAAAAAUAAACAUGACAUUCAGAGAUGUGAGAACUGAUGUGCAGACACCAAGUGAAGACCUUGAUGUGGCAAAAACAAUGUGAAAAAGCAAACAAGUGAGGCAUCAGAGGUCUGUUUGUCUUUGAUAUUCAAGACUGUCUGGAGACUAUAUUCAAGACUACGCUAGGGAAGACUGUUGGUUUGGAGGUGGUAUCCCCUUGUUUUGGACAAACUCUGAGUGAAGUUGUUUAGUGUUGUGUUGCCUGCUGUGUCGUCUAGGAUACACACAUGUCGUGCUCCUGAGUGUCUUACAACGGGAAAUAGCGGGGACAACUGUAUUCAACACACAGAGGCAUGGACUGCACAUGCAUGGAGCUCGCCCUUGAAGGUGAGAGGCUAUGUAAGGCAGGCGACUGUAGAACAGGCGUGCAGUUCUUUGAGGCUGCGGUCAACUCGGGCACAGACGACCUCAAAACGUUAAGUGCCAUCUACAGUCAGCUGGGAAAUGCCUACUUCUACCUCCAAGAGUUUGGCAAGGCCUUGGAGUACCAUAAACAUGACUUGAAUCUUGCAAGGACACUAGGUGACAGGGUGGGAGAGGCCAAGGCCAGUGGAAACCUUGGCAACACACUAAAGGUGCUGGGAAAGUUUGACGAGGCCAUUGUGUGCUGUCUACGACACCUGGACCUCUCUAGGGAGCUCAAAGACAGGAUCGGUGAGGCACGGGCCCUUUACAACCUUGGCAACGUGUAUCAUGCAAAGGGGAAGCACACCGGGCGAUCAGGGAACCAAGACCCCGGGGAAUUCCCUGCAGAGGUCAAGGAGUGUCUGGUCAAAGCUGCUGAAUACUAUGAGGCCAAUCUAGCGAUAGUCCAGGAGCUGGGUGACAGGGCAGCUCAAGGUCGCGCCUGUGGUAACCUUGGCAACACUCACUAUCUCCUGGGAAACUUCAGUCAGGCAAUCAUCUACCAUCAGGAGAGGUUGGCAAUAGCCCGUGAGUUUGGUGACAAGGCUGCCGAGAGACGGGCUUACAGUAACCUAGGCAACGCCCACAUAUUCCUGGGAGAGUUUGAAGUAGCUGCUGAACACUAUAGGAAAACUUUACAAAUUGCCAAACAGCUGGGUGACAAGGCGCUGGAGGCUCAGGCAUGUUACAGCCUCGGGAACACAUACACGCUCCUGAAGGACUACGAGCGGGCGAUAGAGUUCCACAUGAAGCACCUCAAGAUCGCCCAGGAGCUUGAAGACCGGGUCGGGGAGGGUCGGGCGUGUUGGAGCCUCGGGAACGCCCACACGGCCCUCGGGCAUAACGAGGAGGCUCUCCAGUAUGCCAGCAAGCAUCUCGAGAUCUCUAAAGAGAUUGGAGAUGAGACAGGUCAGGUGACUGCCCAGAUGAACCUUGCUGACCUUAAGUCAGUGCUGGGCAUCAAAGUGGGGCCAGACGAAGGUCACAGGCCCAGCCCCUUGGACCAUCUGGAUGUUGGAAUGUACCGACGUACCGGCGUCUCCCGGCGACACAGCAUGGAACAGAUGGAGUUGAUGAAGCUCACGCCAGACAAGAAAGGAGAGACAAUCCCAGUACAUGGCGGGGCAAGACCUAAGAUACCCAAGGUGCAGAAAUCCAUGACAGUGGCCACAUCAGAGACAAUCAUAGCCAAGAAUCAGGCCCCUAUGGUUGAGACACUGUCCCCAGAAGAUGAUGGUUUCUUUGAUCUGCUGAGCAAGUUCCAAGGUCGCCGUAUCGACGAGCAGCGGUGCAGCCUCAAGUUGCCUGGGGAGAAAAAUGGACUCCUGGAGUCAGAAAACAAGGAGAACAAACCCAAACUGGUGUCCACCCCAGACAGCGAGAACUUCCUUGACAUGGUGGCAGGUAUUCAGGGUUCACGCAUGAACGACCAGCGAGCCUCACUACCGCAGUUUCCAGGUCUCAACUCCCAAGCCGUUAUCAACCAAUACCUCCGCGAGAGAAACGUUAACGACGUACCAGACGACAGCUUCUUUGAAAUGCUCAUGCGUUGUCAGGGAUCCCGGAUUGAUGAUCAGCGUAGUGCCCUACCACACAACCGCCCCGCCCCAACCGUCCCAGACGAAGAUUUCUUCGGGCUGAUCCAGAAGGUCCAGUCAAGCCGUCUGGAGGAGCAGAGAACCAGUCUACCCGAUAAGGAUGAAAUCUCGCCUCCCCAACAGGCCUCCGUGAAGAAGAAAAAGAAAUAAUGACUAGUCUAGUUUGAGUCCCAUAUGAGCGAGCAAGGAAUCAGGGGAUUAGGCUUUCAACUGGAUCAGCUUUUUAGAUGUUUUUAGAUGAAAUACCUGCGCUGAACCCUUGGAAUAUAAACUGCGUAUUUAGAUGAGAUAGUCUUGCGCUGAACCCUUGGAAUAUAAACUGCGUAUUUAGAUGAGAUAGUCUUGCGCUGAACCCUUGGAAUAUAAACUGCGUAUUUAGAUGAGAUAGUCUUGCGCUGAACCCUUGGAAUAUAAACUGCGUAUUUAGAUGAGAUAGUCUUGCGCUGAACCCUUGGAAUAUAAACUGCGUAUUUAGAUGAGAUAGUCUUGCGCUGAACCCUUGGAAUAUAAACUUCUACUGGCUGUAAUUGAGGGUUUUGUGCAAAAUUGUAUCAGAUAUUUAAUGUAUCAGUUAUAAGAAAUGUUUUGCUCUUAAAUUAUGUGAGAUAUUGACUGCUACUGGUCAGAAGUUCUGCAUAGAGAUAAUGAGAUUGGACGAACGGAAUGAUUUGGUCCAUGGGACUCUGACUUGAAAGCCUUUGUGUGUUCACUAGAUAGGCUGCUAAAUAUGGCUAUUGCUGAUAUUUCUUCUACACAAUCUGUCCAUUCACAUUCUACCUGAUUGUGAGUACCUCCAUUCUACAAAACGGUUCUACUGGUGGAAGAUGUUGUGGAGUUUCAACAUUUUUCAUAGAUCUCAAUUUCGCACUGCAAAUCCCUUUUCAGACUCAUGUUGAUUGAUGACUCAUGAAGACUUCAAUUUGAAUAUGGAAAUCACGAAGAAAACACGCUUCUUUUAAUAAGUUUAAUAUGUUGGUAAAGUUUGUGUUAGAAUUUCACUUGGAAAUUCAAAUGUUUCUUAGUUUUUAUGCCCCCCUUCGAAGAAGAGGGGGUAUAUUGUUUUGCCCAUGUCGGUCGGUCGGUCCGUACGUCUGUCGGUCCGUCCACCAGAUGGUUUCCGGAUGAUAAGUCAAGAACGCUUAGGUCUAGGAUCAUGAAACUUAAUACAUAGAUUGAUCAUGACUAGCAGAUGACCCCUUUUGAUUUUUAGGUCACUAGGUCAAAGGUCAAGGUCACAGUGACUCGAAAUAGUAAAAUGGUUUCCGGAUGAUAACUCAAGAAUGCUCAGGUCUAGGAUCAUGAAACUUUAUAGGUACAUUGAUCAUGACUAGCAGAUGAACCCUAUUGAUUUUCAGGUCACUUGGUCAAAGGUCAAGGUCACAGUGAUUCUAAACAGUAAAAUGGUUUACGGAUGAUAACUCAAGAAUGCUUACGCCUAGUUUUGUUUUGUUUUUCUCUUUUGUAUCCUUUAUAUGUAAAAUGAAACAGUGUUUUGGUCAAAAGAAGCCCUUUUGUAUUUAUUGUUUUAUAUCCAACUUUCCAAUAAAACAAUUGAAAUUAGCUUUUAAUCAAUUGCAGAGUAAGUAUCGUAAGAAUUAUUGUAGUAAUUGUUACAAUAUAAUAACAGUGUUUUCAAGUACUAAUGUAGGUCUUUGUUAGGUUAUUAUUUAUGCCCCCCUUCGAAGAAGAGGGGGUAUAUUGUUUUGCACAUGUCGGUCUGUCUGUCUGUCUGUAUGUAUGUAUGUAUGUCCGUCCAUCAGAUGGUUUUCGGAUGAUAACUCAAGAACGCAUACGCCUAGGAUCAUGAAACUUUAUAGGUAGAUUGAUCAUGACUCGCACAUGACCCCUAUUGAUUUUGAGGUCACUAGGUCAAUGUCACGGUGACCCGAAAUUAUAGUAAAAUGGUUUCCGGAUGAUGACUCAAGAACGCAUACGCCUAGGAUCA